ACAUUCCUAUUUCAAAACCCUCUCUCACUUCACUCUCACCUGAAAAUAUAAAAUUUAAAGUAGCCGUUACUUCUCUCUCUCUCUUCAUCUGUGCUUCAAAAUCCAUUCUCCCAUCUCAAAUACUCUCUCCUUUCCCCAUUUUUCACGUAAAUGCUUUGCUCACUCUAUCUUCCGCUCCGCUUUCUUCAUCAUUUCACUUCUUUCUUCUUCCAUUUUCUCUUUUCCAUAGGGUUUGUGAGCAGCGAAGGAGAUGGUUAGAACGCCAACCACGCCGUUGUCCAAAAUUCAGAGGACCCCUUCAACCACUCCAGGAGGAGGGGGUCCCAGAACCCGUGAGGAGAAGAUACUUGUUACUGUGCGUAUUAGACCACUGAACCGGAAAGAACAAGCCAUGUACGAUCUCAUUGCUUGGGAUUGUUUGGAUGAACAUACCCUUGUGUUCAAGAAUCCCAAUCACGAAAGGCCUGUAAAUCCCUACUGCUUUGAUAAAGUUUUUGAUCCUACAUGCUCUACUCAGCGGGUAUAUGAUGAGGGUGCAAAGGAUGUUGCUUUAUCUGCUCUUACAGGAAUGAAUGCCACAAUUUUUGCAUAUGGACAGACCAGCAGUGGUAAGACAUUUACCAUGAGAGGCAUUACUGAGAACACUGUUAAUGACAUAUUUGAACACAUCAAGAAUACACCAGAGAGAAAUUUUCUUCUGAAAUUUUCAGCUCUGGAAAUAUAUAACGAGACUGUUGUUGACCUUUUGAAUUGCAAAUCUGGAUCUCUUCGUCUCUUGGAUGACCCUGAGAAAGGAACCAUUGUGGAAAAACUGAUUGAAGAAGUUGUCAAGGACAGUGAACACCUUAGGCAAUUGAUUGGAAUAUGUGAAGCCCAAAGGCAAGUUGGAGAAACUGCUCUUAAUGAUAAAAGCUCCAGAUCACAUCAGAUAAUUAGGCUGACCAUUGAAAGUAGCCUUCGGGAAGUUACAAACCGUGUGAAAUCUUUCAUAGCAAGUUUGAACCUAGUGGACCUUGCUGGAAGUGAACGUGUUUCUCAAACUAGUGCAGAUGGUACAAGAUUGAAGGAAGGCAGCCACAUCAACCGUAGUUUAUUGACACUUACGACUGUCAUUAGAAAGCUAAGUGGCGGGAGAAGAGGUGGCCACAUACCAUACAGGGAUUCGAAACUUACACGAAUAUUGCAGUCCUCACUGGGGGGAAAUGCUCGAACAGCAAUUAUUUGUACGAUGAGCCCAGCUUUAAGUCAUGUGGAACAAACAAGGAAUACACUUUCGUUUGCAACUAGUGCAAAGGAGGUUACCAAUAAUGCCCAAGUAAACAUGGUUGUUUCAGACAACAGGUUAUUGAAACAUUUGCAAAGUGAAGUCGCCAGACUUGAGGCUGAACUCAAAAGUCCAGAGAUGUCUUCUCCGUGUUUACAGUCUUUACUACUGGAAAAGGAUAAAAAGAUUCAGCAGAUGGAGAGAGAAAUUAAGGAGCUAAGGUGUCAACUUGCACAAGAAAAAAAGGGUAUAGAUAUAGAUGAAUGUGGACCGUCUCAUGUAGUCAGGUGUCUAUCUUUUCAACGAGACAAUGAUCGAGCUCCCACUAUAAUUCCUCCAGGAUCCAAGCUAAGAAGUGUAGUCGGAGGAAGGCAAGGAGCUUUGAGGCGAUCUGUUACGUCAAUGGAUCCAUCCACUAUUGUGCAUGAAAUCAGAAAGCUAGAACACAGUCAGAGGCAACUUGGUGAGGAAGCAAAUCGAGCCCUUGAAGUGUUGCAUAGGGAGGUUGCUUCGCAUAAACUGGGGAGUCAAGAAGCUUCGGAAACCAUUGCAAAGAUGCUAUCUGAAAUCAAGGACAUGCAUGUUUUAAGCUCCAUGCCUCAAGAAACCAUUGCUGGAGAUAAGACCAACCUGAUGGAAGAGAUAAUUCGUUUUAAAUCUGAAGGAACUGUAAUAGAAUCACUUGAAAAGAAACUUGAGAAUGUUCAGAAAUCUAUUGACAAGUUAGUCUCUUCCUAUCCAAGUCCAAACAAUGAGGAUACACCGGAGUUGAAGAACCAGUAUAAAAGGAAGAAAGUACUUCCUUUUGCAUUGAGUAAUGCCACAAACAUGCAUCAAAUUAUUCGAUCCCCAUGCUCCCCUAUGUCCUCUUCUCGUAGUGUGAAGAAGUAUGAAACAGAGAACAGGGUUCCUGAUAAAGUGAUGAUGGCGAUUGAUGAGCAUUCAGGGAUGCGUAAAGUUCCACCAAAGUGUGAUGAAAACUGCAAAAAUGUAUCAAGGGAUAGUACUCCUGUGUCACAGCAAUCUAACUCAGUUAACGUGAAAAGAAUGCAGAAAAUGUUCAAGACUGCUGCUGAGGAGAAUAUAAGGAGUAUAAGAGCUUAUGUUACAGAGUUAAAAGAACGGGUGGCAAAGCUACAGUAUCAGAAGCAACUGCUGGUUUGCCAGGUAUUGGAUCUGGAAAAAAAUGAGAAUGAAAGUGGUGUGGCAAUGGAUACAGUUGAGCAUACCCCAGUUUCUUGGCAUACUAUCUUUGAAGAUCAGAGAAAGCAAAUCAUCAUGUUAUGGCAUCUGUGCCAUGUUUCCCUUAUACAUCGGACACAGUUUUACUUGCUAUUUAAAGGGGAUCCAUCUGAUCAAAUUUAUAUGGAAGUUGAAUGGAGAAGAUUGACAUGGUUGGAGCAACACUUGGCGGAGCUUGGAAAUGCCAGUCCAGCACUUCUAGGCGAUGAUCCUGCCAGCUCUGUUUAUACAAGUGUCAAGGCUCUGAAGCAAGAAAGGGAGUAUCUUGCAAAGAGGGUGAGCUCUAAGCUAACAGCAGAGGAAAGAGAAAUGUUGUAUGUGAAAUGGGAAGUUCCACAAGUAGGAAAACAGAGAAGGCUUCAACUAGUCAACAAGCUAUGGACAGAUCCUCUUAACAUGAAACACAUACAGGACAGUGCAGAAAUUGUUGCAAAGCUGGUUGGCUUCUGUGAAUCAGGUGAUCAUGUUAGCAAGGAGAUGUUUGAACUUAACUUUGUUUGUCCUUCUGAUAGGAAGACUUGGAUGGGCUGGAAUCUAAUCUCUAAUCUGUUAAAUCUAUAAUGAUCUUUGUUACACUUCACACUUGUAUAGAUGCUUUCAUGAGCUCUCUACUUUGAAA